AUGGCGGAAUACAUAAACCCACAUCCAUUCGACCCCCUCACUCCUGAGGAGAUUUCCACGGCUGCCGGGAUCGUCGGAGCUCAUUUCGCAGGCCAAACCCCAAACUUCCGCUUCAUCACGUUGAAGGAGCCGGCGAAGAGGGACAUGAUAGACUUCCUGGAGCUGGAGCACAACAGCCAGGCCAUUGUCAGUAUCCCUGCACGCCGUGCGCAUGUUCAGGUGGUUGUCCCGGGUGACGAGGGAUCCAACCAGCUAUUCGAGCUCGUCGUCGAUCUUGACCGGGGUGCGAUUGUGGAGACGGAGCAUCUCGUAGGGAAGCAUUCCUACAUCGACUCGGCCUAUAUGAAGGACGUUGAGAGAGCCUGUCUAGCCGAUGAGCGAGUCCAGGCCGAGAUACGGACACUCGAACUACCCCGGAACGCUUCCGUCUGCGUCGAGCCAUGGGCAUAUGCCACAGAUGGCAUGAACGACAUGUCGCAGCGCAUCACCAUGUGCUACUUUUACAUGCGCCUAGUUGACAACCCAGAUGCCAACUACUACGCCUACCCGCUGGAUCUGUGUGCCGAGAUGUCUGAGCAGCUCCAGGUCAUCAGAAUCUACCGCCUGCCGACCUCCGCGGAUGAGCAGAUCCACAACGACCCGCGCCCCUUUGACCGAAGCAAGAUCCACUCCGCCAUGACCAGCGAGUAUCACCCGAGCCUGCGACCUCCGCUCCGCACGAGCACCAAGCCCUACCAGGUGGUUCAGCCCGAGGGCCCGUCGUUCGAGUGGCACGGCAACCUUCUGAGCUGGGAGAAGUGGCGGCUGCGGGUGGGGUUCAACUACCGCGAGGGCCUGACGCUUCACGACGUGCGCUACGACGGCCGCAGCCUCUUCUACCGGCUGUCGCUGGCCGAGAUGUUCGUGCCCUACGGCGACCCGCGGUGCCCGUACCCGCGCAAGGCGGCCUUCGACCUCGGCAACGACGGCGCCGGCGUCAACGCCAACGACCUGCGCCUCGGCUGCGACUGCCUCGGCGCCAUCCGGUACCUCGACGGCUGGCACAACACGCGCUCGGGCGCGCCGCUGCGCCUGCCCAACGCCGUCUGCUGCCACGAGCAGGACGACGGCAUCCUGUGGAAGCACACCAACUUCCGCACGGGCAACGCCGUCGUGACGCGGUCGCGCGUCCUCGUCCUGCAGACCGUCAUCACCGUCAGCAACUACGAGUACAUCUUCGCCUUCCACCUGGGCCAGGACGCCUCGAUCCACUACGAGGUCCGCGCCACGGGCAUCAUCUCCACCAGCCCCAUUAGUCAGGGAGGGCGCGUCCCCUACGGCACCGUCGUGGCCCCGGGCGUCCUGGCCCCGUACCACCAGCACCUCUUCAGCCUGCGCAUCGACCCCGCCCUCGACGGCCACGCCAACUCCCUGCAGGUGGAGGAGACGGUCCCGAUGCCGUUUGACGACUCCGACCCCGACACCAACACCCACAACCCCUUCGGCAUAGGCUUCACCACGCACACCACCACCGUCUCGCGCGAGUGCGGCCUGGACCUCGACAUCGCCACCAACCGCACCUUCAAGCUAGUAAACGAGUCGCGCCCCAACACCGUCACCGGCACGCCCGUCGGGUACAAGCUCGUCCCGCACCCGACGCAGCUGCUCCUGGCGCACCCGCGGUCGCAACACGCCCGCCGCUCCGAGUACGCCGCGCACGCAGUCUGGGUGACGCGGUACCGCGAGGGGGACCUGUUCCCCGCGGGGAGACACACGAUGCAGUCGGCGGGGGGCGAGGGGAUUGCGUCGGGGAUCGAGGACCGUCGGCGGCGGCGAGAGGUGGAAGAGACCGGGGUGCGCGACGCCGACAUCGUCGUCUGGCAUACCUUCGGGUCGACGCAUAACCCGCGCGCCGAGGACUGGCCCGUCAUGCCGUGCGAGAAGAUGGUUGUCGGCCUGAAGCCGGUCAACUUCUUCGCCGGGAACCCGGCCAUCGACGUUGCGGUCGCGGCGCAGGAGACGAGCCGGAGCGUUCUCGUUGGUGAUGGGGGCGGUAACGGCGGUUGCGUUAAUGGUGGUUCGGGGGGUGUCAAUGGGAUCGUCGGGGAGGUCACGGCGCUUUGA